CCCGCCCCCUGGCCAUACCUCCAGAUUCCGUACCUCCGGACGGUUUGCGCGCGAUUUGUGAUUCCGCCUGGGUUUUUCGCCUUUUGUUUCUUUUCCCUCUCUCUUAUCUUCCAUUUCUCUCUGACCUCUCCGGACCUGCCGUGUUGAUCCCAUCCAUCACCCCUAAGCUGGGCUGGUCGUAACUAUGGCAGACGGAGGCGUUUUGAAGUCCUCCCCGGACCCUGAAGGGAAGCAUUUCACAGUGGAGACACCUGCGUAUCCGGAUCAAGAUGUUGGCAUUGUCCAUAAGGCAGCGCCGCUGGCUCGUAACUUGCGAGGGCGCCAUAUGCAAAUGAUUGCGAUUGGCGGCGCAAUUGGAGCAGGUCUGUUUGUCGGUACCGGUGGUGCUCUAUCCACUGGUGGUCCAGCGAGUCUGAUUAUCUGUUAUGUUAUCAUCGGUGUUAUGCUUCUAUGUACUGUGCAGUGCUUAGCGGAGAUGGCUGUCAUUUACCCUGUGAAUGGCGCGUUUUUCACGUAUAUCGUCCGCUUCGUGGAUCCCUCCUGGGGUUUCGCGAUGGGGUGGGAUUAUGCGAUUACCUGGCUGACCGUGCUACCCUUUGAGCUCACUGCCGCUUCCCUAACGAUCCGAUUCUGGCGCACCGAUAUCAACAUAGGGGUCUGGAUUGCUGUAUUCUUGAGCGUUCUCAUCAUCAUCCAGGUCUUUGGGGUCCGCGGCUAUGGCGAAGUCGAGUUCAUUCUUAGCUCUAUCAAAAUCUGUGCCUGUCUUGGAUUCAUCAUCCUGGGGAUCAUCAUUAACUGCGGCGGCACCGGACCUCAAGGAUACAUUGGCGCAAAGUAUUGGUAUGACCCUGGGGCCUUUGCCAAUGGCUUUCCGGGCUUCUGUUCUGUAUUCGUGGUCGCGGCGUUUGCCUACGCUGGAACAGAGUUGGUCGGUCUCGCCGCGGCCGAGUCGGAAGAACCCCACAAGACGAUCCCCUCUGCUACGCGUCAAGUGUUCUGGCGCAUUGCCAUCUUCUAUGUGCUGACCUUGCUGAUGGUUGGUCUGCUGGUCCCUUAUACUGACCCGCGUCUCCUGCACGCAUCCAACUCCAACACCAAGGACUCGCCUUUCGUCAUUGCCAUUUUAGAUGCCGGGAUUCCUGCCCUUCCCUCAAUCUUCAAUGUGGUCAUUACGCUCUCGGUUAUCAGUGUCGCAAACUCCUGCACGUUUGGAUCGACUCGAACCAUGCAGGCGCUGGCAGAGCGCGGCAUGGCUCCUCGGUUCUGUGCCUACGUGGACCAUCGGGGGCGCCCAGUAUAUUGCGUGAUUAUCCAACUUCUCUUUGGGUUGCUCGCUUUCAUCGGCGAGAGUGCUCAGGAGGGUACGGUCUUUACAUGGCUGCUCAGUCUCAGUGGUCUGAGCUAUUUCUUCGUCUGGGGCAGUAUAUGUCUUGCCCACAUCCGAUUCCGAAAAGCAUGGGUUCUUCAAGGCCACUCGGUUAGCGAACUACCCUACAAAACCCCUCUCGGUGUUGUGGGCAGCUACAUAGGGUUGGGUCUCAAUAUUCUUUGUCUGAUUGCCACUUUCUACGUCUCCGUCUGGGUAUGUUCUGCGUUCCUCCCUCUACUCCGUUUAUCCACACCCCGGCGGCGUGUGUGUUCUAACUCCUGUCCUCGUCAGCCUGCCGGAUCCUCCCCCGACGCAAGUUACUUCUUCGAGCAGUACUUGGCUGCACCCCUCAUCCUCGCCCUCUACAUCUUCUGGAAACUUUUCACCAAACAGUGGCGAAUGUGGGUGCCUUUGGCGGAGAUGGACAUCACGUCCGGCCUGCGCACCGAGUUGCUGACCGGCAACGAGGACCUCGAGACGCCGUGGACGUGGAAGAAUUUCCCCUUGAAGCUUGUCCGGCUACUCAUCUAAGCUGUCCAAUCAUGGGCGCCUUGAUUCUCCUGUCUAUCGGCAUGGAUCUAGCAACGAUGAACGAACAGAGACUUUGUAUCAACUGCGUCGUGCGCAUAUGUGUAUAUACACGCUAUUAUU